UUUCUUGGAAAAAAUGUGUUGAUCUAGAAAAUGAAAAUAUCACACUAACAAUGGGUCAGUAUUGAAUUGAAUUUUUGAGAAAAGUCAAUAAUCAAUUUAUUAGGAAAAACAGUUUAAUAUGAAGAUGAGUUUGCGAAAGAAUGAAAGAGUUUGAAAGUGAAAUUUGAAAUGAAUUUUUUUGUGAAACCAUUAAGCUUGCUAUGAAUCUUUGUCUGCUUCAAUUGUUAUCCAUUAGUUUUUCAUUAACAUGCUUAUUUGAUGGAAUCCAGGGUCAAUCAUGUCCUGCUCUUGAAUCACCAUUGUAUGGCAGCUUGUCUGGACCAUGUUUAACCAACCCAGGAUCAACAUGCUCAAUACGAUGUAACCCGAGUUUUGAAUCUUUGGGUUCUUGUGCAAGAGUUUGCCAGCCAAACGGUUCCUGGACUGGUUUACCUUUGAUUUGUCUCAAUCGUGCCAUAACAUGUCCACCUUUAACCUUACCCGAAAAGUUAUCCAUGGGUGGACCUUGUUUCAAUGUUGCUGGAGGAAUAUGUCGCUUUGGUUGUCCCGUGGAUUCAACAUUACUUGGGCCUGAGUCAAUUUAUUGUACCAAUUUGGGUUCAUGGUCAGCAUCACCACCCUCUUGUUCACCAAAUGGAUGUCCAGCUUUACAAGCACUAGACAAUGGUCAAUUAACUGGAAUGUGCGGUAUCCAAGAAACAAAUUCUGUUAUCAUUCCUGGAUCAAUUUGCUCAUUCACAUGUAACCCAGGAUACCAGUUAAUUGGACCAGAUCGUUUACUUUGUUUAAGUACAAGUCAAUGGAGUCAAUUACCUCCAAGAUGUCAGCAGAUUGUACGCUGUAACCCUUUAGCUCCUGUGGCUAACGCUUUGAUGAUUGGAUCUUGUUUUGGUGAAUUGCUCAUACCUUUGAACACUUGCUCGAUCUCUUGUAACCCCGGCUAUCUUUUGGUAGGCCAAUCUUUGUUAACUUGCACAACGGAUGGAACCUGGAGUUCAAGUUUACCCUCAUGUAUUCCAGUUACUUGUCCUCCUUUGACUUUUGCUGGACCAGACAGACCACUCGCAUCAUGUGUUAAUCCUCAAGGCUCACAGUCAUCUGACUCAAAUAUAGUAUCUGGUUCAACUUGUCGGAUCUCAUGUCCAUAUUGCACCAUCCUAAAUGGUCCUUCAUCAAUCUCUUGUUUACCUAGUGGUCAAUGGGACGGUUCUGUAGGUACCUGUUCACCCAUCAAUUGUCCAGACAUAACAAACAUGGCCACACCUGAUUUUAUCACUUCACAGGGUAACUGUAAUAAUGCGCGUUGUGAUGAUAUUUGUACAUUUAGAUGUACUCCAGGGUAUGAGAUUCAGGGCUCCAGCUCUUUAACCUGUGGUCCAAACGGUCAAUGGAAUCAACCCAUCCCUCGUUGUAUACAAUCCAAAUGUCCAGACUGGUCUGUUCCUACUGGAGGAUUGUUCAUCAAUGAGUGUCCCGAAGGAUUAAAUUGUCCCUCGUUGUGUCCCGGUAUCCCAAAUCAAAGAUGUAAACUAAGGUGUGGAGCUGGAUAUCGAUUAGUUGGAACAACUGAAGAAGUUAUUUGCACACCAAGUACUCUUCAAUGGUCUCAAGCUUUACCGACUUGUGAACCUAUUCGUUGAUUUUAUCAAAUCAAUGAAAGUGAAGCUAAUUCAUAGCAACUGUAUCCAAACGAUAUAAAAAAGUAUCUAUUCACCUUGCUUUUUCUGACUAAAAACUCUAAAACAUAUUAUUACUACUAAUCAUCAACAUUAUCUACUCACCAUGUCAGUGUGUCUUCGGCCGCAAUCUUACUCCAAUGUUAUCGUCGCCCAUUACUUGUGAGGAUGGUUUGUGAUGGAAAAGAGUUUAUUUUCAUGCGUCGCGACAUUGUUCGCCCCACAACUCACCUCUAAUCAUGAGGUCAAGAGGAUUU